AUGGAGCAGAUUAUGGGAGAUCUAAAGGAGUCUUCAAUGGAGACUGUCUGUGUUCUUGGCAAAUGUGCCUACGGCUUUGUGUCUCUCCAGAAGGAUUCGAACUUGGAGAAAUCAUACGUCAAAAAGACAAGUAUUCUCAAACAGUCCAAGAAUAUCGAGAAGGAACUCAGGAUCAUGCUUCGUUUCCACAACAAUCCCUUCAUCGUCCAAGCUUCAAGUGAUCAACUUCACUUUGUGACCGACACCAAAGGCAUGAGUUUAUGUUACAUCUACAUGGAGUAUGCUUCCUUAGGUAAUCUCGACAAAAUGAUCUAUGAUGCCGGAGGGAGAUUGCCUGAAGAUUGUGUCAGACGUGCCACUCGUAUAAUCCUACAAGGACUCAAGGCUCUUCACUCUGAAGGUUACGUCCACUGCGACCUCAAUCCGACCAAUGUACUUGUAUUCCCUUCCAACACUUCUGGUGAACCAUGGGAUCUCAAGCUUGCUGGUUUCCGUUUAUCCAAAGAACCGACUAUGGACUCUAGCCUGUUGUUUCCCGGAACCCUUGAGGAGUACAUGCUGCCUGAGGCCAUUGAGCCGGACAGGUUUGUUGGGACGGAAAAACUGAUCAGACCAGCCCGUGACAUAUGGUCUCUAGGGCGUAUGGUUCUAAAGAUGUUUGGGGGUAUUCCUGUGGAGGUGAGAGGUCCUAACACGUGGAGGCUGUACGAAGAUAUCUCCCCGGAGGCCACAGAUUUUGUGAGGCGGUGCUUGGCGUGGAACCCUUCGGAUAGGGCAACCGUGGAUGAACUCUUAGACCAUCCUUUUGCUGCUGAAAAAUUUCCAUUGUUUCUUUCUUUCUUAAGGGUUCCUUCCAUCAUAAGGAAGAUUGCCAGGGAUAAAUUGAAUGGAAGACGUGAGGAACUGAUACCAAAACCUCAAGGGUUAAUCUGGUAAGAACGAAAAUGAAACUGAUACGCAUGAGGCUCACUCCAUUUCUGUCCCAUCUCAGUUUCCUCUCACCCAUAAGUCAAAACUCUUAAAUCUGAAUGGGGUGGAGUCGCAACCUCAAAACUUAAGUAGAUUGUAAAACUGAAGUCUUAUAUAUGAUAAUAACAAAGUCGAGACAAUUAUUUAAAAAAGCAUUUGAAAAUUCACAUGGCAAUAUAAUCUGAAGGCAACAUAAGAAAAACAAAAGUUUU